AUGAUUACAUCGAAUUCGUUUUGCGAAAAGUUUGCUGUAACGAAUUAUGAGAUACAGAAUGAGACUCUCGUAGGUCCGGCAAACUGGACCACAUUUGCAUGGGUUUUACAGCGCAGUAGAUUUAUCAGUUGUAGGGAAGAUUUCGCAAUUCCCUAUCGUAAAGCCUAUCCCCUAUACUUCAGAGGAAAACCUCGGAUUCGAAAUGAAGUCAUACUGACACUUCAGAGAUUCCGCAAUUGGGCUAUUGAGCGUGGUAUGACACCAAUACUCUAUGCUGGCACACUGCUUGGUUGGUAUCGAGAAUGCGGUAUUAUACCAUAUACACACGAUAUCGACUUUAUGUUCUUCAUCGAGGAAUACUAUAACAAAUUUCCUGAAGAUGUUAUGAAUAGUUCGUUUAUCAAACUUAGUCUGCGAUUCAACAGACCGGAGGAUCUACUGGAAUACAAAGUGUAUAUAGAGGACAGUAUUCCAAUGGACAUUUUCUUCCUAUAUCAUGAUCAAAAUAGUUCCUGGACUGGAGGUUUAUCUUUUAUGACUAUGUUUAUUUAUCCGCUAAUAAAUCGAAUUUGCGCAACUGAUCUCCUCGGCUACCUGAUGUACGUACCAUGCAACGCUCUGGAUGUUAUUAUGAGUGAAUAUGGGAAAAGAUGGUCGGAACCGCUUCAUUCCUCCAAAUACGUGUGGAAUGAAACCCCAUUAAACACGAUAGAGGUUGGAACUAUUUCUCCGGAACAGACAGCGGAAUCUUACAUACAGUACGACUGA